AUGCACUCUCUUCCCAGGCUGCGCGGCGCCCGCUACACUGCCCGCGUGCUGAGCUAUCACGCGGCCUCUACCCGGCGGAGCCAUGCCUCAGCCGCUGCCGCAAGCAGCCCCAUAACAAAGCCAUUAACCUCUGUGCUCAUUGCAAACAGAGGAGAAAUUGCUCUCCGCGUCGGGCGUACGGCAUCGGAGUACGGUGUGCGCGUUACCACCUUGUACACCGACCCAGACGCCACCUCUCAGCAUGCCCUCAGUUCACCUUUCGCCGUCAACCUGAGUGAGCCCAGCGCCUACUUGGAUGGUGACCGCAUUAUCGAAGUAGCCAAGAGGGAAGGGUGUCAAGGCAUCCAUCCAGGUUAUGGUUUCUUGAGCGAGAACCCGGUCUUUGCAAGGAAAUGCAAGGACGCCGGCCUGACCUUCAUCGGCCCCCCUUGGGAAGCAAUCGAGGCCAUGGGCAGCAAAAGCAAGAGCAAAGAGAUCAUGACUGCUGCUGGCGUCCCUUGCAUCCCUGGCUACCACGGCUCGAACCAGGACCCCGGCUUUUUGAAGCAAGAGGCCGAGAAGAUUGGCUACCCGGUUCUUUUGAAAGCUGUAAAGGGCGGUGGUGGCAAGGGUAUGCGCAUAGUCAAGACUCCGGACGAGUUCCUGGAUCAGCUGGAAUCGGCAAAGUCUGAAGCAAGAAACUCAUUCGGCGAUGAUGUCAUGCUUGUUGAGAAAUACAUCACCACUCCCCGCCAUAUCGAAGUUCAGGUCUUUGCUGAUCAGCAUGGAAACUGUGUUGCAUUGGGUGAGCGCGACUGCAGCAUCCAACGCCGCCACCAGAAGAUCUUGGAAGAGUCCCCGGCCCCGCAUCUGGAAGAGUCCAUCAGGCAGGAUCUUUGGGAAAAGGCGCGUGCAGCAGCGCUGGCUGUCAAGUACGAAGGCGCAGGCACCGUCGAGUUCAUCUUCGACAACGAAACUAAUGAGUUCUUUUUCAUGGAAAUGAACACCCGCCUACAGGUUGAGCACCCGGUUACCGAGAUGGUGACGGGCCAGGAUCUUGUCCGGUGGCAGCUCAUUGUGGCUGAAGGUGGCAAGCUUCCUCUUACUCAAGCUGAAAUUGAGGAGCAGAUUGCACAGCGUGGCCAUGCCAUCGAGGCCCGCAUCUACGCAGAAAACCCAGACAUGAACUUCAUCCCAGACUCCGGCAAGCUCAUCCAUCUCCGCAUUCCCAAAGAGUCAGCAACGGUCCGCGUAGAUGCCGGCUUCGUCGAGGGUGACGAGGUUUCAAGUCACUACGACCCCAUGAUUGCGAAGCUCAUCGUCCAAGCUCCUACCCGCACUGCCGCUCUCCAAAAGCUUCGCAUGGCGCUCGAGGAAUACGAGGUCGCUGGCCCCAUAACGAAUAUUGAGUUCCUCAAGCGCUGCUGUGUGAGCCCUGCCUUCGUCUCUGGCGAAGUUGAGACUGGCUACAUCCAAAAGCAUCACUCUGAGCUCUUCGCCAAGCAGCCAACUCCUCCUGAAGCCUUCGCUCAGGCAGCCAUCGGGCUCCUGCUCCAAGAGUCGGAAACUCGCAAGUCUACAAGUCCAUUAACGGUGAUUGGCUUUGGGGACGGCUUCCAGGCGCGCGAAAUCAAUCUCGUCGAGAUAGAUCCCGCGGCCGCCGCCUCAACCACCGGCCCUGCUACUCCCGAGAAUGCAACACCGGUGAAGGUUCGCCAAAUUGAGCCGAAUUCAUUCGAGGUCAUUAUCGACGACACAAUAUACCCAGUAGUGAAGGCCAAACUGGACGCUGGCUCCUCGACAUUGACGUCUUACUACCCACAUACACGUGUAGAAACGCGUGUGGUCCGUGCCGACGAUGCCAUCACGCUCUUCCAGCAAGGGAAGCAGUAUCGUCUGCGUCUGGCAACACCAAAGUGGGCGGAGAAAGCACUGGGAAUCAAAGAAGCGAAGAAUAGCGUUGUCGCGCCGAUGCCGUGUAAGGUGUUAAGAGUGGAGGUUAACGAGGGCGAUGAGGUGAGCGAGGGUCAAGCGUUGGUCGUGAUUGAGAGCAUGAAGAUGGAGACGGUGAUCCGGAGUCCGCAGAAAGGCGUCGUGAAGAAGAUUGUGCAUGGUCAAGGGGAUCUUUGCAAAGCUGGAACAGCACUGGUCGAAUUCGAGGAGAAUGCGGGGCAGUAA